AUGAAAUUCGCCAAAGAGCUGGAGCAGGAUCUUGUCCCAGAAUGGAGGAUCAAAUAUCUCAACUACAAGGCUGGGAAGAAGUAUGUCAAGGGCGUGGCACGGGCUAUCAACCGGGCAAGUGGAACGCCACGGGGAACGGGCCGAAAAGGUGACUGGCCGCCACGCGAGAACCAGCCUCAUCGUCCGAGUCCCUUAUCCUACCGCCAACAAAGUGCUACCAGAGGACCAAGUUCCGAAGAUUCAGGUGACGAUGAUGGCCCCUUGCGGACCAGCCCGGCACCCAUGGGUCGCACAGCACGGACGGGUCCUGUUGCGAUGCCGGUACCUACGGAGCGUCACUCGCUGACCCGAUUGCCGGGCAACGAGGGAAGCUAUGGAAGCUUCGUGGCUACGCCGCCGCCCGAAUCGCAUCUGGCCAAGCAUGACAGCCGCACAAUGUUUGAGCUGCCAGCUCCAGCAAUACGUGUGCCGUCGCAUACCAGCGAAGUAGCACCGAAUUCUACGGAUAUGUUGCGCCAGUCAGUCAGUCGUUCGGCCAUGCAGCGUAGUGUGUCUAUGGAGCCGACUGUUCCUAGAGGCCUCCAAGCGGCUACUCUUCCCCGUUCUAGCACAUUGUCCCAGCAGACUGCAUCGCCAGGCCGGCUCCGUCGUUUCUUCUCCGCGGGCCAGCAGCCGGGUCCGGCUGAGAGUACCAAGUUUGGCUACGACCUGCAGGCGCUGGAUACGAUACGACAACGGGAAAGGGAGUUCUUCGACUUUCUAGACAGCGAGCUCAACAAGGUCGACACAUUUUAUCGCCAAAAAGAGGAACAGGCAGGUCAUCGCUUGACAGCCUUGCGAGAGCAGCUACACGAGAUGCGAAACCGGCGUACUCAAGAGCUAGCUGAUAUGAAACGUCACAAAGAACAUGAGGUUGCAGAGGCCCACGAGGCGAGCCGAAAGGCUACUGGCUACGAUGGCGCUCAAAACUGGAUCAAUCCAAUCAAGGCAAAAAUCUUCAAGCCUGGUGAGAACUCGAAAGCCUUUGUGGGCAUGGUACCGACCCCCAUAAUAGGAGGUAUGGGAGGGGAUGAAAGGCGCGACUACACCAGGAGACCACAUGACCACAGUGUACCCUACAAGACAGCAAAGCGCAAGCUGAAGCUAGCGCUACAGGAGUUCUACCGCGGACUAGAGCUGCUCAAGUCAUACGCCCUAUUGAAUCGAACAGCGUUUCGAAAGCUCAACAAGAAGUACGACAAGACAGUCAAUGCUCGCCCGCCCUACCGAUAUAUGAACGAGAAGGUCGGCAAGUCGUGGUUCGUCAACAGUGACAUCAUCGAUGGUCAUAUCAGGGCUGUUGAGGAUCUCUACGCAAGAUACUUCGAGAAGGGGAACCGCAAGCUUGCUGCAGGAAAGCUCCGUCGCGUGAACCGACCACCGAGCGACGAGUCUGGUAUUGCAUUCCGCAAUGGACUAUUCAUUGGCAUCGGCGCCGUGUUCGCGGUUCAAGGAUUGGUCUAUGGUGUCCAAAUGCUCUUCGACCCAGAUCCGGUAAUCCGACAACGGACUAGCUACCUGUUGCAGAUAUACGGCGGCUACUUCCUGAUGGUCUUCCUUUUUGCCCUCUUCUGCAUUGACUGCUACAUAUGGAGAGGAAACAGGGUCAACUACCCCUUCAUUUUCGAAUUCGAUACCCGCCACAGCCUGGACUGGAGACAACUAGCAAGCUUCCCAAGCUUAUUCCUGCUGCUCUUCGGGGUGUUCUUCUGGGUGAACUUUAGCGGAGUCGGAGGCGAUGAGCUUUUUCUUUACUAUCCAGUCAUCCUGGUGUUCAUCUCAUUGAUCAUCAUCCUGCUCCCCGCUCCAAUCCUGUAUCAUCGAAGCCGCCAAUGGUUUGCGUAUUCGCAUUAUCGGCUCUUCUUCGCCGGUCUGUACCCCGUCGAAUUUCGGGAUUUCUUUUUGGGCGACAUCUAUUGCUCGUUAACAUACUCAACCGCUAAUGUAGAGCUGUUCUUCUGUCUCUAUGCACACUAUUGGAACAACCCCCCUCAGUGCAACUCGAACCAUUCUCGCUUGCUAGGCUUCUUUACUGCCCUGCCGCCCAUUUGGCGUGCUUUACAGUGCCUACGCCGAUAUUACGAUACCAAGAACGUCUUUCCGCACCUUGUCAACUGCGGUAAGUACGGCGCGACUAUCCUGACUGCCAUCAUACUGUCGUUGUAUCGCAUAAACGGCAACCAUACCAACCUGGCACUGUUCGUCACUGUUGCUACCAUCAACUCUAUCUAUACGUCAAUCUGGGAUCUGUUUAUGGAUUUCUCCCUACUCCAACAAGAUUCCCAGCACCGCUUCUUGCGAGAUAUCUUAGCGUUGAAGCGGCGCUGGGUGUACUAUGCCAUUAUGAUCAUUGACCCGAUCCUUCGGUUCGGCUGGAUCUUCUAUGCGAUCUUCACAUAUGACAAACAGCACAGCACUUAUGUGUCGUUUCUUGUCGCGCUGGCCGAGGCAGUUCGCCGUGGCAUGUGGGCACUGCUCCGCGUGGAGAACGAGCACUGCGGCAACGUGUCUCAGUACAAAGCAAGCCGCGAUUUGCCUCUACCCUACCACUUUGAGCAUGAACCACUAGUUGAGCGUGCAAGUUCGACCGAGCAAGAGCCGAGCAAACGCGCAGUCGCCAGUGGCGCCGAUGUCAACCCAGCCGGGGCUUCUGUUCAGGCCCGAGCACAAGGGGCCGGAACGGCACCUGACGAGGCUCCGCCCCGCGACGUUGAGGGACUGCGCAGACGAAAGACAUUCCAAUUGACCAGAGCCAAGUCCAUAAGGGGGAUCAUGGCAGAUGCGCACAAGCAGGACUUCGAGAAGAAGAGACGACCGGCAGAGCCGACUAUUGACGCCGAAGCGGAGUCUGCGGAGGAUGUUCGGAGUGACGAGGAUGAGGACGAUGACGAUGAGACUGGCAGUAUGCUUGAUGAGCGGAUGGAGGUCCGAAGGGCUGUGGGCUUGGUUCGGGGCCUAUACCCUCUUGAACCCGGCUCGAGCAGCGAUGAAGAGAAGGGACCCUGCAGGCUGCCGGAUGGCCAACUUGUCUGCACUUCGCGUGGUCUCAUCACUUGUGCGGCAUGUUGCACGGACUACAACCUCACCAACGACGAUGGCCUAAGUAACGAAAAAGAAGGAGAAAAGCACGGAUUAAAGCAAAAAACCCACCGCAAGAAGAACAGUAGUAAGAAAGAAGCAGCUAUCGACGCCGGAUUGGCUGUUACCGCCGCUCGCAACACCAGUGUUCAAGCAACCGGCCCCCCUCGAUACCAGCAUCCCAACUCCCUGGCCCGCAAGCGUGCAGAGGCCGCGCUUGCACUUGCUGAAAGCGAGCCUGAAACUCCGCCGCAGCCCCUCGCUUGGUCGUGCCCUGAGAAGAGACGCGGUACCGGCCGAGUAUUUCCUAAGCUUGUCUGCCCAUUCAAUGCUUCUGAUACCCCAACUGAGCUGUUCCCUGGCCGGGCUACCUCUACGCGGACUACUGGUUACAUUCAUCAUCGGGACCCUCAGAAAUUCCUCCUAUUCACCGGUGGCGCGCGCGCGAAAAACGGCCGCGGUAAAGGCUGGGCUUUCGUUCAUGGCCCCGGUCUCGCAGGGCAGCCGCAGGUGGUGUCGGGUCGUCUGGAGAAGAAAGGCCCAUUCGGCGACGAUAACCAGCCAAACAUCUUCCGAGCGGAGCUCCGCGCGGUUAUUGCUGCCCUACGCUUCCGGGGCUGGGCAGACGAGGGCUUCACUUCCGCUGUCAUCGCCACGGACUCGGAGUAUGUAUACGGUCGCAACACUGAUGACCUCAAGAGGAAGAUCUGGAAGGGACGGAAGAAAAACCCGCUCCGCAGAAACAAGCAUUAUGACUACUGGGAGACGUUCCUUGGUGAGGUGGAGAGACUGGAAGACGAAGGCUUGUCAGUUCAGUCUUGGCUCAUUCCUAGCGGUUGGAACACAGUCGCGAAUGCGGCUGCAGAGGCGGCAGCGAAGGAAGACGAGGUGGAGGAGUGGACGGAUCUCGAGGGGCUGUGUAUCUGA